GUGUUGGCAGAGCUGCAGGAGAGGAGACGUCUCUCUGUUUCUCUCUGAAGACUAAUUCAACUGAAGACAAACACUGGUUGUAGAGAUGUCUGCUGCCAGCUGUCUGCUGACUGAAGAUCAGUUCCUGUGCUCCAUCUGUCUGGAUGUCUUCACUGAUCCUGUCACCUUAUCAUGUGGACACAACUUCUGUCAAAACUGCAUCACUGAACACUGGGAUAAUAAUGUCUCCUGUCAGUGUCCCAACUGUAAGAAGGUCUUCAACACAAGACCAGAACUACAUGUUAAUACUUUCAUCAAGGAGAUUGCUGCUCAGUUCAGACAGUCAGCUCAGCAGAAAUCCAGCAGCAGCAGCUCAGAGAGACAAGUUUCCAAACCAGGAGAAGUUCCCUGUGACGUCUGCACUGGAACCAAAGUGACGGCCCUGAAGUCCUGCCUGGUGUGUCUGGCUUCUUACUGUGAGACUCACCUGGAGCCUCAUUGGACCAUGUCACGUCUGCAGAAACAUCAGCUGAUGGACCCUGUGGAGAACCUGGAAGACAGGAUGUGUGAGAACCACGACAAACUGCUGGAGCUGUUCUGUAAGAACGACCAGAGGUGUGUCUGCAUGAUGUGCUCAGUUACAGACCACAAGACUCAUGAUGUUGUUCCUCUGAGAGAAGAAUAUGAAGGAAAGAAGAAUGAAAUUCAGCAGAUGAUCCAGAAGAGACGAGUGAAGAUUGAAGAGCUCAAACACUCAGUGGAGCUCAGUGAUGAGAACGCAGACAGAGAGAUAGCAGAAGGUGUUGGAGUCUUCAGCGCUCUGAAAGAAUCUGUAGAGAGACGCCAGGCUGAGCUCAUCAACAGCAUCAAAGAGAAGCAGAGAGAGACGGAGAAACAGGCUGAAGGCUUCAUCAGAGAGCUGGAACAGGAAAUCUCUGAGCUGGAGAAGAGACGUGCUGAGGUGGAGCAGCUCUCACGCUGUGAAGACCACCUCCAACUCCUCCAGAACUUCACGUCUCUGAACGCUGCUCCACCCACCAAGGACUGGACUGAAGUCAGAGUCCAUCCACCUUCAUAUGAGAGGACUGUGAGGAGAGCUGUGAAGCAGCUGGAGGAGACCAUCAGUGAACAGAUGAAGAAGCUGAUCUGUGAGGUGGAGCUGAAGAGAGUCCAGCAGUAUGAGGUGGAUGUGACACUAGAUCCUGAUACAGCACAUCCAAAUCUAAUCCUGUCUGAUGAUGGGAAACAAGUUAAACAUGGUAAUGUGAGAAAGAAUCUCCCAGACAAUCCAGAGAGAUUUGAUCAUUUUGUAAAUGUCUUAUCAAAACAGAGUUUCUCUUCAGGCAGAUUUUACUAUGAGGUUCAGGUUAAAGGGAAGACUGAGUGGAUUUUAGGAGUGGCCAGAGAGUCGAUCAACAGGAAGGGAACAAUCUUGCGGUCUCCUCAGAAAGGUUUCUGGACGAUAAUUUUGAGUAAUGAGUAUGUAGCAAAUGCUUGCCCUAGCGUCCGUCUCUCUCUUCAGUCUGGUCCUGAGAAGGUGGGGGUGUUUGUGGAUUAUGAGGAGGGUCUGGUCUCCUUUUAUGAUGUUGAUGCUGCAGCUCUGAUCUACUCCUUUACUGGCUGCUCCUUCACUGAGAAAAUCUACCCGUACUUUGGUACAGGAUUGAACAAUGCUGGUAAAAACUCUGCUCCUCUGAUCAUCUCUCCUGUCAGCCACACUGAGUAGAGGGUCCGUUUAUCACUUUAUGUCAAAAUUUACAGUUUAAUCAUACAAAACAAUACAUUGUUUUGUAUUUGGGAUAAAAUUAAUAAGGGUUUUUUUCUUUUAAUACAUUUUAAUCUCACAUUAUUUCUCUCCACCAAGUUGAGCCAGUUUUCCUGCAUUAAUCAAUAUAAUCCAGUCUGACCUAAUCCAUUCUUGCUGCUGAGGGCUUUUAUGCCUCUUUCUUUAAGAUAGUUUUCUUUUUGUGAGUUAUUUGUUGUGUACAAAUUGCGUCCAUCUUGUUUGUUAAACCUGUGUGUUAUUCGUGUACUGUCUUGUGAAUCGUGCUAUUCUUUUCUAUUCUGUUUCUUGCUCUUUCUGUAAUUACCUGCCUUAGGACAACGGAUGAAAUUUAGCAAUUGUGCUAAUUCCAGCAUAUUAACAUUGACGUGUUUUACGAAAUGUUGAUUGAUGUGCAAUGUCCUAAUCAAAAAAAUAAUUAGAUUAAAUUUUUAUAAAUUAAAUUCUGAUAACUGUUUUAGUGCCUUUCUGUCUGUUAAAUCCUCCAUAAACCAUGUACUAAGAAACAAACAGCAUCAACACAUAUCUGAAAUGUCUGUCUGCUGAAUGUCAAACAUUUUGAUUCUUUAAUGGAUGUAAAUACAGUGUUUAACAAAUGUAUUAGACCACCCUAACCCUAACCAAAGUAAGGUUUAUGCCACAGCUGUCCUAAAUUAACAGCAUUGGUAAUUACCAAAAUCCUUUCUUAUGUUUCUGCAAUGGUUAUUACACCGAUAUGUAGAAGCUUUAACCCAAAUAUUUUUAAUGCUAGAAUAUCAUUAUUAUUGUUACCCAUGAAUUUUCAAAUGUAUUGAUUUUUUUGAAAAACUG